GUUCAUAGUUACUAUGUAAUAUGUAUCACAAUCACAAAUAUUAAUUAUAUUUUUUGAUUUCUCAAUUAAUAGUAUAACAUUAAUCUUCACUAUUUUAAAAUUGAUAAUGAAUCAUUAGGUUUGUAGUAAAAAUGUUAAAAAAAAUACAUUAUAUUUAAAGAAAGUUAUUUAAAACAUUUCGCAAUAUUGUAAAACAUGUUCAGAAAUAGAAUUGUAAACCAAGUUAUUCGCCAAUACAGAGGACAAAAAUAUGUUGAUUAUGCAAGAGUUACUAUCUUUAGUCCCUAUUAUGCCAAAAUUAUCAAAAAACCACAAAGUACGAUAGCCGCCGAGGAAAGUUAUGUAAAAAAAUUUAUGAAAACUGUCGGAUGGAUGGAUAAAGAGAGAACGCGGCUAAAAUUGACAGGCUACUUUCUGUAUGAGUGUGUCCCUGAAAAAGUAUGCUACCAAGAAUGGUUUGAUAUCCUUGAACUUCCUGAUACAUUUGCUUCGUGGUUUAUUAUUACUGAGCUUCAUGUUUGGCUGAUAUUGGUUAGAUAUAUGGCAGAAGAUGUAACAGUGGCUGGAGAGAAAAAGAAGAUGGUUAAAGGAGAUGGCCAUUUUGUUAGAAAUUGUGUUAUUGAAGCUUUGUGGGCAGAUGUUGCUAAUAGGAUAAAAUUACUUGAGGGUGCAAAUAUAGUAGUAGCUAGAAAACAAGUGACUGAACUCUCGGAACAAUUUCAAGCAGCCCUUGUGGGCUAUGAUGAAGGUCUAGAAGAUGAUAAGGUUUUGGCAUCAGCUGUGUGGAGAAGAUUUUAUUCAUUAUCUGUGGAUACUAAGGCAGAACAUGUUGAGAAAAUAGUUCACUUUAUUAGGCAUCAGAUGUCAGCCCUAGAUCAAAUACCAAGCAAAGACCUGAAAUGGCAACCCCAAAUCACUUGGUUAAGUAUACAUGAUCAUUAGUUAAUAGUAAGUAGGUAUCGUUAAGAUUUAUAGAAUAAAACAGUAAAUUAUAA